AUGUCUGCAUCACCCACCGCCCGUCAAGCCGUUUCCCACGCCCUGCCAAUGAUGGCCAUUGCCAAGACCAAGAAGAUCGUCAUCACGGAUCCCAUCCAGAUGCCGGAGGUGUACUCCUCGACGCCCGGUGGUACCCUGUACUCCACCACGCCCGGAGGCACCAAACUGAUCUAUGAGCGGGCCUUCAUGAAGAAUCUGCGUGCCUCCCCCUUGAGCCAGACGCCACCCAGUAAUAUACCGAGCUGCCUGAUGCGUGGAACACCACGUACCCCCUUCAGGAAGUGUGUGCCAGUGCCCACGGAGCUGGUGAAGAAGACCCAAUCGCUGAAGAUCGAGGAUCAGGAGCAGUUCCAGCUGGAGCUGUAACCGUUCAGCGGGUCAAUUCCAACCAAGCAGCAACUGCCAAAAUCAUCUAGUUUUUAUGUUUGCCAAGACACUGAUCUUAUAAUCUUAGAGACCCUCAUUUUGUUAACAAAACUACUACCUGACUCCGUUACCUUCCAUAUCCAUCUUAGUCCGUAAGCUAGUAGCUCUUGUAGCGAUUGUUCAGUUUCGUUUUGUUCAUUCAGUCAUAUUGACUUUGUAUCUUGUAAAUCUCUAGCUCCUAAGUGAAAUGCAAUAAAAAAAUAAGUGUUU